AAAAUAUAGCAAGCACAUUACAAUUCCUACGAGUCCUACCUAAGAGUUUUGUAGGCGGCGGCAGCAGCGGCGGUGAGAGAAAGCCAAGGUCGAAAAAGCUAAUAAAAUGUCGAGGACGUUGUUACAGCCGAUAGGCCAGAAGCGCCUCACAAACGUUGCCGUCGUUCGAUUGAAGAAGCAUGGCAACCGCUUUGAAAUUGCUUGCUACAAGAACAAAGUCCUCUCUUGGCGCUCUGGCGUAGAGAAAGAUAUAGAUGAAGUAUUGCAAUCCCAAAUUGUAUAUUCGAAUGUGUCAAAAGGAGUCCUAGCCAAGUCUAAGGAUUUGGUUGCUGCUUUCGGGACAGAUGAUCAGUCAAAGAUAUGUUUGGAGAUUUUGGAGAAAGGAGAGCUUCAAGUUGCAGGGAAAGAGAGGGAGGCCCAGUUAUCGAGUCAAUUUCGGGAUAUUGCAACUAUUGUCAUGCAGAAGACUAUUAAUCCCGAGACCAGGCAUCCUUAUACAAUUAGUAUGAUUGAACGUUUGAUGCAUGAAAUCCACUAUGCUGUUGAUCCCCAUAGCAGUUCAAAGAAGCAGGCACUAGAGGUUAUCCGUCAGCUUCAGCAGAAAUUUCCCAUUAAAAGAUCUCCAAUGAGGCUUCGAAUCACUGUUUCUCCAGAGAGCUUUCCCUCUAUCAAGGAGAAGCUAGAAGCAGGGCAUGGGGAUAUUGUGUCAAAAGAGGAAUCUGGAAAUCAACUUUCAGUUGUUUGUGAAUUGGAUCCAGGUAUAUUCCGAGAAUUUGAUAGCUUUGUGAGGAAUCUACAAGGAAGGCUAGAAAUUCUUGCUGUCUCUGUUCAUGCAGAGGGAGAUACUGGUGUUGAUGCUUUUGAUGAAUUCAAUGAAGACAUUCCACCAAGCCUGCCCAAGGAACCUGCAGAACCUUCUGUUCAUCAGCUAAGUGAGAGGUUACAAAAGCAGUCGGUUUCAAGUAGUACUAAAAUUUCUGAGCUGGAAGUGAAGCAAACCAAAUGCAGCACAUGCAACGCCGUGGUAGGUGAUGCAAAACAAUAUAGAGAGCACUUCAAGAGUGAAUGGCAUAGACAUAACCUUAAGCGCAAGACUAGAAACCUUCCUCCCCUUAGUGCUGACGAAUGUUUGCCUGAUGUGGAAUUUGGCGACUCAAAGGAAGAUCUCAAGGAAUACUCGUUUUAAUAAAUCUUGAAUCUCAUCUUGCUAUUCUGUGCCUACUGUACUGAUGCUGCUAUAGUGGAACUGGUUUUACGAGAAGACGUGCUUAUGUACAAAUUUUGACAUCACCAAUAAGAUUUGUGUAACAUUGUAAAGGAGUACGUGAAUCUGAGCAGUAUGUUUCUUUAGUAAUCCUUUAUGCUUAUCAAAUUCUCGAAUAUAUUUGUAGAUUCUAACCUUUUUACUGCCAAGUUUGCCUUAAUUUUUGUGAUA